AUGUCAAUUCGCAGAUUGGGUAUCACAUGGAAUGUUGAGUUUGUAGUCUUGGAGGAAAUCUUCACGAGUGAAAAUGGGAUUCAUUAUUUUGAAAAAUUUGAUGUUAUAUCUGCUCGUGAUGAUAAACAAAAGGAUGAAUUAUUAAAAUUGGUGAAUGAAAAGUUGGAUGAGAUAUGUAAUUAUGGGGUGAAUAAUUUAAUUGAAUAUCACAAAUCAUUGAAUCAAGAUCAUAAAAAGUUUAAUUAUUUGAUUGAAAGAAUGGAUGAUCUGAUUCACGAUGGAGUGGGGAUCGAUAUUCACUUAUUGAUGGGUGAACGGGAUAAAAUGAUCAAAUCAAUUGAUGAAUUUAUUAAAUGUUUGAGAUAUAGAAAGAUGUAUUAUAGAUUGCGUGAAGAUCUUUAUCCUGACAAUGAAGAUUUUUGA